AUGUCCAAUUACCAAGAAAUUGUGAAUUUGAACGUGGGUGGCACAAGAUUCUCAACAUCAUGGCAGACAUUGACAUGGGUUCCAGAAACAUUUUUCACAGCACUUCUCAGUGGCCGGAUACCAACUGUGCGAGAUGAGACAGGGGCAAUAUUUAUUGACAGAGAUCCAAACCUGUUUGGCCUAAUUUUAAAUUUUCUAAGAACUCGAGAUAUUGAUCUCAACAAUGUAAAUAUAAGAGCACUAAGACAUGAAUGUGAUUACUUUGGCAUAACUCCCUUGAGUAGAAGACUAGCACUAUGUGAUGAGAUGAAUCAUUCAAGUUGUGGUGAUGUUCUGUUUUAUGGCUAUUUGCCACCACCAUUAAACACUUCUACUACUGGGAGGAGUGGAAACAGUUGUUCACGUAAAAACUCAACGUCUUCAAGCACCGAGGUGGCAGUAAACAGAACACAUUCGAGAAACUCUUCACUAGAUUUACGCACAGUUGGAAGGAUACCCUCACAAGAUCAGCUCAGCCGAUGCGGUAGGGGUCACUCGAGGGCAGCUUCAUUAGGCAACGCAGACAGUCACAAAGGACAUCGACCGCCAGACAUGAGCUCCUGGGCGGAUAGCAUGAAAGUUCAAAUUAUCAAAGCUCAUCACAAUUGGGUAGCAGUCGCUUAUACACAUUUUGUCACCGGGUAUAGGUUAACAGACUCUUGUGGUUGGUAUGUAGUAUUUCAAUCCCCUGUACAAGAGACGGUCAUAGAACGAAUAGCUUUGAAUGCUAAGACGAGCGGUGGGGGUGGCACGUCAAGUGGUAAUACUAGUUCAGGCAGCGACGUCAUGCUCGGGAUUGCAAGCGGAUCUUAUGUUAGAUUAUGGGCAUUUUCUACGCAUAGCGAACCCGUUAGAAGAACUUUGAUAGGUACUUUUAAUUUAGGGGUUCGGGUAGAACAUUUGCUUUUCGUCGGACCACAGUUAGUAGCUCUGAGCGGGGCCGGGAGUCGAAGUAAAGCGGGCGUGUGGCACACGAGCACUCAGCACUGGCAAACGCAGGACGUGGCGCAUCUCACCACUUACGAUACCGCUGGCUCCUUCCUAUUACUGGGAACAGCUACUGGAGCUAUUAAUUAUAUUGAUAUGCAGAAGUUCCCUCUACGUAUGAAGGAUAAUGAUCUCUUAGUGACACAACUUUAUAAGGAUCCAAAUCAGGAACCAAUUACCGCUAUAUCGGUAUAUCUCACACCAAAAACUAAUCUAUGCGGCAACUGGAUCGAAAUAGCCUAUGGCACUAGAUGUGGCUCAGUGCGAGUUAUCGUUCAGCAUCCAGAAACUGUUGGACACGGGCCGCAGCUAUUCCAGACAUUCACUGUUCAUCAAAGUCCUAUCACUAAGGUAUCCCUGUCAGAAAACUACCUAAUAUCGGUGUGCAGUGAAUACAACCAUGUGCGUAGUUGGCGCGUGACGCGGUUUCGCGGCAUGAUCUCUACACAGCCCGGCACUACGCCCAAGGCUGCCUUCAAAGUGCUCGCACUAGAAGCUCCCACCGCUCAGCCUCAUAAUGACUGUGGUCCUUAUGGUGAACAAGAUGAGGAGCAAAUUUUUAUACAAAAAGUUGUACCUGACACAGAUACAUUGUACGUACGGCUGGCGUCAAAUGGAAAAAGGGUGUGCACGAUCCGUUCAGUGGACGGUUCAGCGGUAUCAUGCUUCGUGUUAGCGGAGUGUGAAGGGGCUCUGAGGCCUCGGCGUUUGUUGUUGUGCGGGCACCGCUCCGGCGCCACGCAGAUGUGGGACAUCACCGGACCGAUAGACCGAGCUGUCAAGCUUAACCAACCUGGCAGUGUGGCUGGGAAUGGCGGAGGCGAGGGCGACGAGUCCCCCACCCCGGACGGCGGGCCGAGCCCGGACGAGCUGGUGCGGCUGCUGUCGGCGUGCGACCUGGACGCGGCGCCCGUGCCUCUCUCGCAGUCGCCCAACCGCCCCAUACAGGCGCCAUGA